GAUGCAAAGCUGAAUAUCCUGGCAAUUGACCCGCGGUUUCCGGGAUCGUGCCACGAUUAUUUCGUUUGGAGGCAUUCUGCAUUUCGCCGCCGCCUCACUCGUGGCCUGUUACUUCAUGGAGAAGUCUUGCUUGCGACAUGUGGUGCUGGAGUGAUUAUAAAGGAUCAAACGGGUAGCUCGAGUUCGGGUACCUUCACGAGAAGAGGGGACUCUGGGUACCCGCUAGAGCCAUGGAUCAUGACUCCUGUGCCUGGUCACCCAAAUCGCCUCACGGCAGAGGGGCGCUAUAAUGAGGCACACGCAUCAAUGCGAAAUGCCGUUGAGCGGUGCAUAGGAGUCGUCAAGAGCCGCUUCCGAUGCCUGAAGAGGUAUCGGGUGCUCCACUACUCGCCUCAGAAAGCAGCCACUAUUGUUGCAGCUUGUGCAGCGCUGCAUAACCUCUGCCUUGCAGCAGGCGUGCCUCUGCCAGACGACCCAGGUGACGACGGUGCACAUGACGACAGCGCACAGGAGCCAGCCCAGGCACAAGUGCCGCUUCAAGUACAGGUGCCACCGCAGGCGCACCCUGUACAGCCUUCUCGAGCUGUGUUUCAAAGAGGCCGUGCGGUGCGUGAAUCCAUAGUUGGUGUGUUUCGGCUGCCCAGAAAUUUGCGCAUUGCCUACCUGCAAAGUGUGUGCCGGCGCAUUCGCUGGCAAAUGAGGUGGAGACAUGUGCUGGUGUAACAUGUUUUAUUUUUAUUAUCAUAAAAGUAAAUAGGCCGUGCACUUCAACAUAACACAUUGCGUGUGCUCACAUGUGGCUAAUCAUAGUAUGCUGCAUACUGCAGUAGUGGAAAGCACAUGAUUUGUCUAUGUUGAGCAUGACAGAUACACAUGCAGUGACAAAUAACCAUGUGCCAUUAUGUUACUCCUUUGCUUUGUUCACUGUGCUUUUGAAUAUUGUCUCGCCAGGGAAUUUUCUUUAAAUAAAGGUUAUUUCCAAGGUGAA